AACGGGCUGUGGGCCGCACGCCCACCGCUCAGCGCCGGUCGCCCCCCCCCUCCAAACCUGCGUAAUAUUUGAUUGUUUGAUUGAUUGAUUUGAGCACUACUACUACUGUUGCACUCUCUACUAGUAUUAUUGUCUUUUGCCAAAUCCAAGCUGGGUAGAUGUGUCGGGGUAGAAGUGAAGUGAAGAAAAAAAAAACAAAGGGUUUCAGUUGUUUUCUUUUCUUUUUCUUUUUUUGCCUUGUUUAGUCUUGGGUUUUCAGCUGUGGGGUGGGGUUUUUUGUCUGAUUAUUUAUUUGUUAGCGCUAAAACCCCGGGGUUUUUUAACCAGCUGAAAUUCCACUUCCCAUUUUUUUUCCCUGCUAAUUUAUCCGUGCUUAGCGCCCGCUAAGCUCUCUCUCUGUGUUCGAAUCCGGUACUGUAGUGAGAAUUUUGAAAUUGGAAGCCAUGUUUGGGUAGAUCAGGAAAAGGCUGGUAUGUUUAUGUUUAAGGCUUAAGAGUGGUGAUAGUGGAAGGAAAAAGGAGUGAAUUUUGGUGUAUAAUGGAGCUUGGGGAACAUGAAGGAGAAAUGGGUGGAAUGCAGUUGCCUAUGCUGGUGAGCAGCUAUGGCGCCCCGCCCAAUAUCCAUGAGUCUUCAAAGCUUAAGCCGCAGAGUAUUGUGAACGCAGAUCAUCAUCAGAAUGGAAGUAGCGGCACUGGGACUGGAACUUCCUCGGACGAGACUCGAACUGCUGACCAGCAGCCUGUGAAGAAGAGCGUAAAGUACAGAGAAUGCCUCAAGAAUCACGCCGCCAGCAUUGGCGGCCAUGCUAUUGAUGGGUGUGGGGAUUUCAUGCCCAGUGGUGAGGAAGGCACUCUGGAGGCUCUCAAAUGCGCCGCCUGCAAUUGUCACAGGAAUUUUCACCGCCGUGAAGUGGAAGGUGAGCCGCCAUGCUAUUACUGCUACAAUCCUCGCAAGGAUGCCCGGCGGCGGAGUGGCGGCGCAACGGUGGCGGGUUCCAUGGCACCGCUUCUUCAGACGUCGGCGCCGCCUUUGGCUCUGCCCGCGCCCUCGCGGUUUCCUGCACACCAGAUGAUCAUGGCGUUGGGCGGCGAUAGUGAUGACGGCGGUGGCGGCGGUGGCGGUGGGUAUAUGAGUGUGUACGGCGGUGGCGGCGGCGGUGGUGGUGGGGGUCAUGUGAUGAUGAAGAAGCGGUUCAGGACCAAGUUUACGAACGAGCAGAAGGAGAAGAUGAGCGUUUUUGCGGAGAAGAUUGGGUGGAGGAUUCAGAAGCAUGAUGAGGCGGCUGUGCAGCAGUUUUGUGCAGAUGUUGGCGUUAAAAGACACGUUCUUAAGGUGUGGAUGCACAACAACAAGUCUCAUGUUCUUGCCAAGUCCAACAGAGAACAAUGCAGCUCACAAUGAAAGCUACAUUUUUAAUCCUUUUGCCUCUUUAAUUCUGGACUGAAUAAAACACACCAUUCAAUUCAGUUCAAGUGCAGGCAUAUAUAUAUAUAGAUUUUUAAUUUUUCUUCAUUUCACUCUAACUUUCUUCCUUGGAGGGAGGUAUACCCCGCAUGCACUCCAGCAACGUCUAUCUAUCCUUGGACUCGGACUAGUUGAGUUUAGAUUUUUUUUUAGUUUUGGUUAAUGUAACAUAGUUUGAUCUCUCUCUCUCUCGCUCUCCUUUGUAAUGUGUAAAGUAAUUUCAGUAGUUUAGUUAGGUUGAAGUUAGGGUGAACCUAUGGAAAAGUGAAUGGUAGUCAGUAGCUGGCAAGUUGGGGGUAUCUAUCUCUUUGAAUGUGGCUGCCAUGGGCUGUGCUCUUCUUCCACUCUCUUCUCAUCAUGCAAUUCGUAUCUUUAUUGCUUCACCAAGGAGCAUCUCAAUGGAAAUGUCUCACUUUUGAAUGCAUCCUAUGAAAAUGUCUCACUUUGAAUGCAUCCUACGCUUUUCAAGGAUUUGCUGCUGUUGGACUGAUAAUGAAAGUUAAAUCUAAAUGGGUCAUACAAUUUGAUCCGAAAAUUAUUGAAUAAUACAAAUGCAGUUUAGUUUCA